AUGCCCGGCCUCCGAGUCGCAUUCACAGGUGGCUCCGGCAAAGUCGGCCGGCAUGUGAUCCAAACCCUCGUCAACCACGGCCACCAAGUCAUAAACCUCGAUCUGGUGGACCUCUCGACCACCACAUCAGGAGAUCCGACCUUCUCGGCGCUUCAAAACGUCCACACAAUCAAAUGCGACCUCACGGACAGCGGCCAGGUCUUCAGCGCCCUCAACACGCACAUGACGCUAGGCGAGCCGUUCCCGGCGGAGCCACCCCGCCCCGUCGACGCGGUCAUCCACUUCGCCGGGAUCAACAAGCCCAUGGUCGUCAGCGACGGCGAGACCUUCCGCAUCAACGUCCUGGGCACGCACAACGUCGUCGAGGCCGCCUGUAAGCUCGGCAUCAAAAAGGUCAUCCUGGCCAGCAGCGUGACCGUGUACGGCGUCGCCUUCGGCCAGGGCGACCUCGAGUACGCCAGCUUCCCCGUCACCGAGGCAUGCGACACCAACCCGACGGACCCGUACGCGCUGUCCAAGCUCUGCGGCGAGCGGGUCGCGCGCGGCUACGCCGCCCGCUUCGGCGUCGACAUCUACUGCCUCCGGAUCGGCCGCGUGUUCGAGCCCCAUGAAUACACGGGAGGUGAUAUGUUCCGCGGGUACGUGCGCGAGCCGGAGAAGUGGUUCCAGCACGGCUGGUCGUACACGGACGCGCGGGACCUGGGCGCCAUGUGCCAUUGUGGGUUGUUGACUUCGGGGCUCGGGUUCCAGGUGUUCAACGCGGUGAAUACCACGAUCACGAACGAGAGCUCGGACACGGCCUCGUUUCUGCGCGGGUUGUAUCCACAUAUACCACAGACGGGAGGGCUCGAGCAAAGCGAGGCGCCUAUUAGUAACAGGAAGAUCCGGCGCAUGUUGGGCUUCAAGGACGAGCAUGAUUGGAGGAUCUACUUGACGUCCUGGUAA